UAUCUUCAGUAAAGCCACAAAUUAUAUUUAACUUUUUGAUUUACUUUUUUUUUCCCCUCAUAAUAUUAUUUUGUCUCUUUCCCCCGCUCGCCGCCGUCUGCGUAACGGUCGCCACCCGCAUUCCACCGAUCAGUCCGUUUCCUUUCGCCGAACGUCUCGAAACCAGCUACCCUCGAACUCUACCUACAGUAUUUCGAUUCCGUUACAUUCUCAGGAGAGUUUGUAAGUUCGAUUUCAAAUCCAAAUUCGUAGACUGAGGAUGAUGGAUAUUACUCCAGCUUAGUCCUCUGCUUUUGAUUCUAAUGUAAUGCAUUUGAGUUUUAUGGAGUCAUCUCGCCGCCGAGACUAGUCUCAUUUUAACCAGUAGAAGGAUUAAGGAACGUAGAUCUCGUACAGUAAUCCACAUUCGUUCCUCUCGGAUUCUCAAGUUUGAAAGGAUGAUUGGAUCAUUUCUAACAAGAGGACUUGUAAUGGUAUUUGGAUAUGCAUAUCCUGCUUAUGAAUGCUACAAAGCGGUUGAGAAGAAUAAACCUGAGAUUCAACAGCUUCGUUUCUGGUGCCAGUAUUGGAUUUUGGUGGCUGCUUUGACCAUUUUCGAAAGAGUUGGGGAUACUUUUGCUUCCUGGGUUCCGCUCUACUGCGAGGCAAAGCUGGCUUUUUUCAUAUAUCUUUGGUUCCCCAAGACCAGAGGAACGACCUACGUUUAUGACUCUUUCUUUAGACCAUAUGUUGCAAAGCACGAAAAUGAAAUUGACCGCAACUUGGUUGAGCUGAGGACCAAAGCUGGAGACAUGGCAGUGUUGUUCUGUAGAAAAGCAGUUUGCUAUGGACAAACAAGAUUCACUGAGAUCCUGCACUUUGUUGCUCUUCAAUCAACACCAAAACCUCAACCUAAGGAAAAGAAGCAGCCAGCACCAAAAGAGGAGGAGACGAAGCAACCAGAUCUUAAGACGAGCCAAACAGCUUCUUCCACUCCUCAAGCAAGUCCAAAAGGACCAAAACCUAAGAAACCACUGCUUCUAACCAAAGAACCUAUAGCGGUCAAGCCUACUUCAUCUCCACGGAAGCAGCUGCAGCCACAACAACAGACAGAAACCAAGGAAGCACAACCCAGCGUGUCUCAAACCAAACUCACUCCUACCCCACCACCAUCACCUUCACCCGCCACCACUAAACCAAACGCUGAUUCUGCACAGCCACCAUCAAAAACAGAGGUGGAGAAAGCGCCAGAGAUUGUUGAUGCAGCGUUACCAGCGUCAGAGAUUCAGCGGGCGUCAUCUUCGAAAGAGACGAUAAUGGAGGAGACACUUAGGGUGACUCGUGGGAGUCUGAGAAAAGCUCGAUCAAUGGGGAACACGCUAAAGGAAAAAUAGAACAGUAAAACAUAGAAGUUCAAAACUCUGUCUGGUUUUCAAUGGUGACUGAAGUCAACUUAAUCGAUUUUGUUUUUGGAAAAAAAUGGUGUCGUUUGUCUUUUAAUCAGAUGUAAAUUGUUCAGACUUGUUACUAAUCUUUGAUUGAUUUCUUUAAAAAAAGAUUAAAUUAAAAAAAUAAAAUUAUUCCG